AUGGUCUUCGAAUCACCAGCGUGGGCGCGAGCGCUCCCUCCAGUGUCUCUGCCAGACAGCAUCACAAUCGAAGAAUUCAUGUAUUCAGAACAACAUGGCCGCAAACCAUUGAAACUGUCCCGUAAUCCAUACACUUGCGGAUUGACGAGUCAGACAUAUACUGUUGCUGAGGUCCGGGAAAGGGUCGACUACAUGGCCAGGGCCAUAGCGAAACGACUCGAUUGGGGUGUCGCCAACGGCACGGAAUGGGACAAGGUGGCUUGUGUCUUUUCUUGGAACACGAAAGGUGUCAUGUUGUCUCACUACAACAUCAUCAGUAACAUUGCCUUACAAGUCGCGUAUGAGAGCUAUGGGCGGAAAUUAGCUGGGGUUGAAACGCAGGUCGGACUUGGUCUAUUGCCGUUCAGCCAUAUCUACGGUCUAGUCAUCAUCUCUCACAUACUACCUUGGCGGGGUGAUGAGGUGGUGGUGCUCCCAAGAUACAAUCUAGGCCACAUGCUCGCAGCCAUACAGAAGUACAAAGCUAACCAUUUGCCGCUUGUCCCGCCUAUCGCCAUUCAGCUACUCCAGAACAAAAGAAAAUGCGACUCGUACGACCUGAGUAGUUUAGAAUGGGUCACCUCAGGGGCUGCACCCCUCGGCGCGAAGACCAUCGAGAGUAUGCAGCAGAUGUGGCCAAGAUGGAAAGUUGCACAGGGCUAUGGCUUGACGGAAAGCAGUCCUUCUGUUUGCUCCACAAGCCAGCAUGACAUUCUCCCCGGCACAUCAGGGUCCAUCGUUCUCGGCACCCGAUGUAAAGUUAUAGAUGAGAAUGGCUUGGAAGUAACGGAGCUCGAGAAGCCAGGCGAACUCUUCGUCCAAUCUCCAAACAUCUGUCUCGGCUACAUGAACAACGCCAAAGCCACAGCAGAGACGUUUGUGUGGGACGAGGACGGUCGUUGGCUUCGAACAGGUGAUGUUGUUGUUAUACGUCUGUCACCUCUUGGUACAGAGCACGUGGUCAUCGUCGACCGAAUCAAAGAGCUCAUUAAAGUGAAGGGCAAUCAAGUGGCCCCUGCAGAGCUCGAGGCGCAUAUUCUUUCUCAUCCGUUCGUUGCAGAUUGCGCAGUCAUCCCUGUCCCCGACGAUUUCGCUGGGGAAGUGCCCAAGGCCUUUGUAGUAAAAGAUGCUUGCACAGGUACUAAGUCCGACGAAGAGAUCGAGAAUGCUAUCUGCAAAUAUGUUGAAAGCCACAAAGCAAAGUACAAGUGGCUUGAGGGUGGUGUGGAGUUUGUCGAAGCCAUUCCCAAAAGCCCUAGCGGUAAAAUCCUCAGACGGGUUUUGCAAGCAAGAGAGAAGGGAAAGUCAGUGGGCGCCACGGCUAAGCUAUAG